AUGAAUACUCCAACAACCAGAGAUUUUUUACGAAGACCAGAUGGAACGCGUAGGAGAUUUUCUCGUCAAGCUUUAGCAGUGAUUCCUGUCAACAAUUCUGCUUCGCCUGGAGAGGCAAUUUCUACUGAAGUUAAUGCAAUGGAUAAUUUUUUAAAUAGUCGUCAUGGCUCUGACUCUUGGAGCCCUGCACCUAGUCCUGAUGAAUUGGUUAUCCAAAAACGGGGACGUCGUCGUAGCACCAUAGUUUGGUCUCCUGAUGUUGAUACUUGUAAAAGAAAUAGUCUCUUUAGUUUAAGUUCUAAAGAUCGCACUCCAGUGAAAAGUCCAUCAAAAUCAAGUAUGGUAUUGAGAAGUACGCCUAGAAAAAGGCUCUCUCUUGGUGAUAAUAAUGAGUUACAAUUUACAACACCAGAGAAGAAAAAAAAGUUACAAAGUUCAUUGGAUAGUAAUCAUUCACAAAGGUAUUUUAGUGGCAAUUUACUAAAUGGUUUGAGAGGUCUUAGUCAUGGUCAGUUAGUGCACAUGAUUAUGGAUUUGGUUUCUAUGCAAGAAGAUGGUCUUUUACGUGAAAAUGAAAAAAUACGUAAUGUUUUGUUAAGAAAAAUGCCUAUGGCUGAUAUACAACCAUUAAUUGAUACAUUAAACAAUUUGAAGCAAAAUAUACUAGCCAGUAUUGUGUCAUCUAACAUGGAUGAUUUAUCUGACAGUCACAUUCACAUUCACUUAGAUGCUUUUCAGAAAGCUAUUAUUGAUCAAGGAAAAAGACUUAUAGAAUCACAACACUGGAUAUCAGUAAUGCAUUAUGUGUACGCAGCAUGGAAUGUUACAAAGCAGCUACAUGAAGGAGAAAAUCAAAGUCUUUGUAAUUUGACUCAUAAAUGUUUUAAAAAUUUGACACAUUUUUGUUCUCAAGGUUUGAAGAAAGGAAAUUUCAUGAGUACUGUAUUGGAUAUGUUUGCUGACAGACUCGAUACCAUGGUUGGAGAUUACGACGAUUUAAAAGUUUGUUUGCAGCUGAUAAACGAAGUAAAAAAUAAUGAAACUUAAACAUUUUUCUACAUCAAUAACAUUAAG